AUGAAGGGAAGAGGAGGAAAGUUCACAGGUUCCUUACGGAGGAUGAGCAGCUCCUUCAAACGUACUUCAUUUAAAGGCUCAACAUCUGGAUCACAAAAGGGUCAGAAGGCUUGGAUAGAGAAGACCUUUUCAAAAAGAGAAUGCAUUUAUGUAAUUGCCAACAACAAAGACAUUAGCAGGUGCUGCUGUGGACAGCUCAUUAACCAGCAUAUUCCACCUCCUCCAAGUACAACAGCUAAUAAAAAUGGAGAAGAAACAAAACAAGUGGAAGCUCAGCCAGAAAAGUGGUCUGUCAGCAAACACACCCAAACGUACCCAACUGAUGCUUAUGGAAACCUUGAAUUCCAGGGAGGAGGACAUUCAAAUAAGGCCAUGUAUAUCCGUGUGUCGUAUGACACCAAACCAGAUUCUCUGCUGCAUCUCAUGGUGAAAGACUGGCAACUAGAAUUGCCCAAACUCUUAAUCUCUGUCCAUGGAGGCCUCCAGAACUUUGAAAUGCAGCCGAAACUGAAACAAGUAUUUGGAAAAGGUCUGAUAAAGGCUGCCAUGACCACCGGAGCCUGGAUUUUCACUGGAGGUGUUAGUACAGGUGUCAUUCGUCAUGUGGGAGAUGCCUUGAAAGACCAUUCUUCAAAAUCCAGAGGACGAAUCUGUGCCAUAGGAAUUGCACCAUGGGGCAUUGUAGAAAACAAGGAAGAUCUGAUAGGAAAAGAUGUAACACGUGUUUACCAAACAAUGUCAAACCCUCUAAGCAAGCUUUCUGUGCUCAACAGUUCCCACACCCAUUUCAUUCUGGCAGACAAUGGUACUCUAGGUAAAUAUGGAGCUGAAGUGAAGUUACGACGUCAAUUGGAAAAACACAUUUCUCUCCAGAAAAUUAAUACACGGCUGGGACAAGGUGUUCCUGUAGUUGGGCUUAUUGUGGAAGGUGGUCCCAAUGUUAUCUCCAUUGUUUUGGAGUGCCUACGAGAAGAACCUCCUCUCCCUGUAGUGAUUUGCGAUGGUAGUGGACGAGCAUCUGAUAUUCUGUCAUUUGCACACAAGUAUUCAGAAGAAGGAGGGAUAAUAAGUGAAUCUCUCAGGGACCAGCUUCUAGUAACCAUCCAGAAAACCUUCAACUACAGCAGGAGUCAAGCUCAUCAGCUGUUUAUCAUUCUGAUGGAAUGCAUGAAAAAAAAGGAACUUAUCACUGUGUUCCGUAUGGGGUCUGAAGGGCAACAGGACAUCGAGAUGUCUAUCCUAACUGCUCUCCUCAAAGGUACCAAUGCAUCUGCUCCAGACCAGCUCAGCUUGGCUUUAGCCUGGAAUCGUGUAGACAUUGCACGCAGCCAAAUCUUUGUUUUUGGACACCACUGGCCACCUUUAGGAAGUCUUACUGCUAGUGAUGGUACGGCCCCUGAGAAGGAAAAGAAAUCUCCAGCAGUUCAGACCAAAGCAGCCAGAGGGAAAGGAAAAGGGAAGAAAAAAGGAGGAAAAGUGAAAGAAGAGCCAGAAGAAGAAACAGAUCCAAGGAAGCUUGAACUCCUGAACUGGGUGAAUUCACUGGAGCAGGCUAUGCUGGAUGCACUGGUUCUGGAUCGAGUGGACUUUGUUAAACUACUCAUUGAGAAUGGAGUUAACAUGCAACAUUUCCUCACUAUUCCUCGACUGGAAGAACUUUAUAAUACUAGAUUGGGUCCUCCAAAUACACUGCAUUUGCUAGUUAGAGAUGUGAAAAAGGGAAAUCUUCCACCAGAUUAUCAUAUCAGCCUAAUAGAUAUUGGUCUUGUACUUGAAUAUCUCAUGGGUGGAGCUUAUCGCUGCAACUAUACUAGAAAAAGUUUUCGGACUCUUUAUAAUAAUUUAUUUGGACCAAAGAGGCCAAAAGCUCUUAAACUACUAGGGAUGGAGGAUGAUGAGCCUCCUACGAAAGGUAAGAAGAAGAAGAAGAAAAAGGAGGAAGAGAUUGAUAUUGAUGUGGACGACCCAGAAGUGAGCCGCUUUCAGUAUCCAUUUCAUGAACUGAUGUUAUGGGCCGUGCUGAUGAAAAGGCAAAAGAUGGCACUCUUCCUUUGGCAACGAGGGGAGGAAACUAUGGCCAAAGCACUUGUUGCUUGUAAGCUGUACAAAUCUAUGGCGCAUGAGUCUUCUGAAAGUGAACUGGUGGAUGACAUCUCUCAGGAUCUGGACAACAACUCAAAAGAUUUUGGCCAGCUGGCUGUUGAACUCUUGGAUCAGUCCUACAAACAUGAUGAGCAGAUUGCCAUGAAACUACUGACCUACGAACUAAAAAACUGGAGUAAUUCUACCUGCCUGAAGCUGGCUGUGGCAGCUAAACACAGGGACUUCAUAGCUCAUACGUGCAGUCAGAUGCUCUUAACAGAUAUGUGGAUGGGACGACUACGUAUGCGGAAAAACCCAGGCCUUAAGGUUAUAAUGGGGAUUCUCUUCCCUCCAACCAUCCUUUUCCUAGAGUUUCGCAGUUACGAUGAUUAUUCUUACCAGACAUCGCGAGAAAAUGAAGAAGGCAAAGAAAAGGAGGAGGAAAAUGUGGAUGCAAAUGUGGAUACAGGUUCCCGGAAAGGGGAUGAAGAGAAUGCAAAUAAAAAGCAAAACAGCCUUCCAAUUGGAACAAAGAUCUAUGAAUUCUAUAAUGCUCCUAUUGUCAAAUUUUGGUUCUACACAAUAUCAUACCUGGGCUACUUGAUGCUAUUUAACUAUAUCAUCUUGGUGCGGAUGGAGCGGUGGCCAUCUGUCCAGGAAUGGAUUGUCAUCUCCUACAUUGUGACAUUGGCUUUAGAGAAAGUAAGAGAGAUUCUCAUGUCAGAGCCUGGAAAGCUGAGUCAAAAAGUGAAAGUUUGGCUCCAGGAAUACUGGAAUAUUACUGAUCUGGUGGCUAUUUCAGUAUUUAUGAUAGGAGCAAUACUUCGCCUACAGAACCAGCCUUACAUGGGUUAUGGAAGAGUAAUUUAUUGUGUAGAUAUCAUUUUCUGGUACAUUAGAGUACUAGAUAUCUUCGGUGUGAACAAAUAUCUGGGACCUUACGUCAUGAUGAUUGGAAAGAUGAUGAUUGACAUGCUCUACUUUGUGGUCAUCAUGCUUGUGGUUCUGAUGAGUUUUGGAGUAGCACGCCAAGCAAUCCUGCACCCAGAUGAGGAGCCUUCUUGGAGACUAGCUCGGAACAUCUUCUAUAUGCCCUACUGGAUGAUCUACGGAGAGGUGUUCGCAGACCAGAUAGACCUCUAUGCCAUGGAAAUCAAUCCUCCUUGUGGUGACAAUCUUUACGAUGAGGAUGGUAAACGUCUCCCUCCAUGCAUACCAGGGGCCUGGCUCACUCCUGCUAUUAUGGCUUGUUACCUCUUGGUAGCAAAUAUUCUGCUGGUAAACCUGCUGAUUGCAGUCUUCAACAAUACCUUCUUUGAAGUAAAAUCAAUAUCCAACCAAGUGUGGAAGUUCCAGCGGUACCAGCUGAUCAUGACAUUCCAUGACAGACCUGUCCUCCCACCACCAAUGAUUAUCUUCAGCCACCUCUACAUAAUCAUCAAGCGAGUCUGCUGUCGCUGCAAGAAGCGUGAAGGAGACCAGGAUGAGCGUGACAGGGGGCUGAAGUUAUUUCUAAAUGAUGAAGAGCUAAAAAAGCUGUACGAGUUUGAAGAGCAGUGUGUGGAAGAAUACUUUCAGGAAAAAGAGGAUGAGCAGCAAUCGUCUAAUGAUGAGCGCAUCAGAGUUACCUCUGAAAGAGUUGAAAAUAUGUCAAUGAGGCUAGAAGAAGUGAAUGAAAGAGAACAUUUUAUGAAAGCUUCUCUUCAAACGGUUGACCUUCGACUCUCUCAGUUAGAAGAACUAUCUGGUCGGAUGGUGAAUGCUCUUGAGAAGCUGGCAGGUGUUGACAAAUCUGAGCUAACGUAUACACGAUCACGGGCUUCAUCUGAAUGUGAUGCUGCGUAUCUCCUAAGGCAAAGCAGUGUCAACAGCUCGGAUGGUUACAGCAUGUAUAGAUACCAUGUUGGUGGCGAUGAGUUAGCAUAUGAUGACAGCACCGCUUCAAUGUCGCCAGCUAUGGGAUCACGUAAAAAAGCCCAUUCUGUUGGUACAAAAGAAGAUGGAGCAGACCCAAGGAUGCUGGUUCCAGAGCACCAUACCAGUCUCCAUUAUACCUCUAGUGCUAAUGCAGUGACCCCAGCAGAUUGCAGUAGAUCUGCAUUAGACAUUACACAGAAUAUUUCCAGUCCCCAUUCUGGCUCAGGUGGUUUGGGGGAUGAAAACCAAGGAAUUUUCAAGAAGGAUGAAAUGGCUCCUCAAAGUUUAAACCAGAUGGAUGUUAUUAUGAACAGACAAUCAGUACCAAGAUCAGAUUUUCAAAACACUCAGCUGAAAGUAGAACGGACCAAGUUAGAGGCAACCAUCUCUUAUCCCUUGGACAAAUCUAAAGCAAUGCGCUAUUUUCCUCCUGAAACAUUCGGUGCUUGUCAAACUACUAUGAUGAAGUCAAGGAGCUUUAUAUUUGCACAGGGUGGGAAGCUGGUUGGAGGGGUAAACAACUGGACAACAGAAUAUAGUACCAUCAUGGAUCAGGUGUGCCCUUCUACAAUUGAGCAGUGGGCUACAGAGUGGAAGUAUGAAGUUGAGCAGCAACUUUCUCAAGAACGUCCUCCAGAAUACCCAGGUAUUAUCUCUGAAGCAGAAAGGCAAGCAGAACAGAAACAGUUACAGAUGGACACAGACGAUGACAGUGAUGUUGGUGAAGCAGGUAUUAGUGCCUCUUACGCCUCUAUGCCUGCCGCUGUCAGAACUCAGACAGAGAACUUGUUAUCAGUAAAGCCAGAAAGGACUUCUGGGUUCCCAUCAGUAAGAUCAAAGAGUUUGCACAGCCAUUCUCGGAAAGCCAAGUCUAUAAAGGACAAAUUAAACAGACCAGGACAUGCUACUAGUGUAACUAACUUAGUAGUAGCAUUUGGCAGUGCAACAGAAGAACAGAAAGCUAGACAAGAAAAUGCGUCCACAGAAACUGAGUGUUGAAAUGGCUUCCAGCCCCUGUUUUUUUAUUGACCAUCAAAAAAGUAGCAUGGCUAAUUGAAAAAAAAGAUGGAUUUUUUAAUGAAUUUAUACAGAAUAAUGCUGCAUACAUUUGUUUCUCUUCAUUUUAAACUUAUUAGGUGCAUGUUCUGCUCUUAAAUAAAUCCUUGCUUGGUCAAGUGAAAGGGAGAUACUCUCUCAGAGGCAGAUAUAAAAGCAGGCUGGUCUGCAGAUGGUGACAGCAUUCAUCUUUGUUCCAUUUCCAUUUCCCUUGUAAACUCAUUUACUGACAGGGUCUUCAUAAAAGCUCUUGAAAGGACAAUACAAUCAUUUAAUAAUUUAGAAAAUAUUUUUUCUUCUUUAUCAGAAGACUACUUAAACUGCACUAAUUUUUAACCAGCCAUUGUUUUUAUCCUCACGCAGCUGGUUUCUUUGUGGCCAUUAUGUUUUCAGAUCAAAACAAAAUUGUUGAAUGCAUGGAAGAAUUAUGUAGUCCUAUUUCACUUCUUGUUUUGUGCAUGCUUCGUGGGCAGUACUUUCAGAAAGGCAGAACCAGCAGCUUCUACCCAAUAGAAUACUUCUGAGUGGAAAAAUACAGUUAUGUUUGGAAAAACCUGACCUGGAAUGCUAUGCAUACGCAUAUUCUUGACCUGUCCUUGAACUUGGCUGACAUAGUCUGCUUUCAGGAUCAUAUCUGUCUCAGCCCCAAAGCAUUCUGGCAGCCUUAAACUGUUGAAAAACAGUGAUUGUUGUUUCAAAAUGUUUAGAGAGAUUUUCAGUAUUUAAAGUGUAGGGUGAUUUUAAUAAUAUGAAUCCAAGAUCUGCAUUAGUGUUUUAUAUAAACAGGGUAAUAACAGAAUCCCAUGUGGAGAAGGAAACUGUUCUGCCUGCAAAAGAAAAAAACAAGCAGGAAAUGCAUUCUGAUUGGGUGAGAUCAGAACAUGGCCAAUCUGCAUUUGAAGUAAAUCUACUGUGACAAAUUGAUCUUUAAUUCUGCAAUUUCAUUAUGACAGUGCACAAGGAACUAGAGUUUCUUUGAGUCAAUCUAAACAAAAAAUAGAUUCUAUAGAUGAGAAGAGGAAUUCCAUUCCUUGAGUCAAUUUCAAAAAGAAAUUUCAAAUGAAAAAGCCCUCUCUACAGAGCAAGUAUUUUCUAUCACUCAGCAACCAAAACUGGAAAUCCAUAUUUCUAGUUACAGUUAGCCAGAAUGCUUGUCUCAGCAGUAGCAUUCCAUAUGCUAGGUUUUGAUAAUUUCCUUCCUAAUAGUAUGAUUUUUCAUUUGCCUCAUUCGUCUCUGUUAUGUUUUAGGAAUUUUGUAUUCCUAAGUAUUCAGCCCCUCUCUCUGCAGGGAAAGCAUACCAUUUAGCAGAAAAGAAAGAAAAUAAGUUAAAAAUGUGUCAUUUGUUCACAGAAUACCAGUCAAAAGUUUACACUUAACUCAGUCAUUUAUAUGCUAUUUUGAAAAGACAGAAUUUCUUUCCCCCCCAUCAGCUCCUCAUUAUGUACAUUUCAGUACUAAUGCUUCUUACAGCACACUGGAAUACAGAGAUUGAUGUAACACUUUAAAAUGUAUUGAUGGCACCAAAUUUUUUUAUUAUUUGUAUUAUAUUUUCAUACUCCAUCCAUAACUACUUUAGAAGUAUUGCUACCAUGCUGCUUGAUCACAGUGACAUAGACAUUUGGGAAAGUUCAGUUACCAUACAUUUUUACCAGCUUGAUCUUAUGAACGUGUUCACUGGUUUCACUGUUACAGUGUUGACAUUUGUUUUUCAUGAGGGCUUCUUUUUUUAUUCAAGUUUAGGGAAUGUGAUAUUUUAUAUAAACAGAAUGACAUUUGAAAUUGUUUCACUUCCAUGUUUACUUUUGUGUUACCUUUCUAUGCAGCUACACAGCUAUUUUGUAUGCGUGGUUAAUAUGUCCUCCAAUUUGUCAAUGCCUUUUUAUUGUUUGCCUGCACGCUCACCAGGAACUAAUUCAUCAACAAACACAAAGGGAUGCAGCUAUUCAGCACUUUGCUAAACAAGCAGAGUGCAUCGUGGACCACAAUACAGUGUGUUGCAUGCCUCUUGUUACGUUGUGUUUAUAAAAUUUGCAUUAAAUCAUGCUUCGUUUGACCAGACAUUUUUUAGCAUUUGCAUUACAAAGUUUCUAAGUGGCAUGUAGUUUUCAAACAACAUUUUACUGUUGUAUUUAUUUUCUUCUCUUCUGCAAAACAUUUAUAAAGAAGUCAUAUUAAAAAGAUAUGAAAUUAAUUCAGUAUACCAAACUGACAACUGUAGGGAUAUAAAAACUCUUCACUUACUGUUUCUUCUUACGCAGCAAAUGGGCUGAAAGUUUCUUUUUUACCACUUGCCAGUAAUUGUCCAUCACAUUCUCUAUACAGGCUCAGAUGUUUCCUGUGCUUUUGCACUGCAUGAACUGAAAUGGUAACCUCCUUGCCAAUAAAUGUGAAGUGACUACAUUGACGUUGGCAGAGUUAUGUUAGACAAAUAGCCAUAUUAAGAUUGAAAUAUGGCUAUGUAUGUGCACACAGGGCUGAUGCUAGAUUUGGAGCACACUAAACAGAAUAUGGUUAACACUUUUGCCUGCCCACCUUCAUGCUUUCUUGAACACUUUGUGAAAGAUCGCGAGCACAGAAUUUGUGUUUCUGAAGAGACAUGUUUAACACUGCCUUUUAAGAAGACACUUCCCUCCCCCUACUAAGGAUGACUUCACAGCAGUGUCAUAGUGAAUUGAACUUAUAUAUGUAUACUUUUUUAAUGAUUACUAUGUAAUCGACCUAAACCGAACCAGGUCAAGCCUAAAGAGGGUGCAUUCUGUGUCUGUGUCACUGAGCUAAUUUAAGUGAAUUCACUGUACGGUAUCUUGCAAUACUGACGUAUCCCUCUUCCCUCAAAGCAAAUAUUUCAAACACAUUAACUAAUUGCAAUGUAGGCAGGUUCUUAACUGUACCACCUGAUUCUAAUUAUUUCAUUUUACAUUGCAUCAUUCUGGGAAUAUUUUGACUUGGCAUUGACUUGGCAAGCCCUAUCCUAUUGCAGAGUCACCCUUUCCAUUUGAAAUGCUGGAUUUAUAUACCUGAGAACCAAAAGAGUCAAUUUGCCAUAUCAUUUAGUAAUGAAUUCAAAGAACAAUUGGAUUCUCCCCGACAUGGUUUCUCCAGAUGGCUUCUUUGGACCCUUUCCUAUGUUCUAGGCAUGGUGAGAUGUAUGUCUGUCUUUUUUUUAAAAAAGUAUCUGUGAGGCCUUGUCCGAAAACAAGACAGUAAGGAUGUCAAAAGAAUUGUUUCAUAAGAUGUACAAGAUCCACAAGAUCUGUAAUGGGUGCUUUGGACAGUAAAUCCACGAAGUUGCUCCUGAAAAUUUGUCAUGGCAGAGGUAAGUUUUCAAACAGUGACAGCAGCACCUGGACACAUUACUGGGAUUCUAUCUGGUAAUGUCAUUGUCAGCUUAUAACUUCUGCACACUGCUAAUUGGAUUCAUGUUAUACUCCAAAACACGUGAUAAGCAAAAAGGAGGCAUACCUUAUAUGCAAAAUAAUGAAAUUAUUGUUAGUGUAAUGGAAAUUUUAACAGUCUAAUGUACUAAUUGUUAUUAGUCCAGAUCUAAUUGUUAUGGGGGAAAAGGAAAAGCAAGAAUAAAGGAAAAGAGAGAUGAAAGGAGAGAAAAGAAUCCUACUACACUACUGCAGGGGAAUGAAAAAAAAAACCAGUAAGGUAAAAAUCAUAUAUACACGUGCUUCCUACUAUCUGCCCCUUUUUCUUAGAUGUUUUCCUCACGUUUCCACUGAUCUUAUGGGUCUUAAGAGUCACUGGCAAUGAAAGUAGAAAGGAAAUAUUGCGAGCUGUCAGCACUCGGUGCAUUGCCCAUCUUUACUAGCGUGUGUGUGAUGUUGAUGGUGUCUUUUUCCUUACUCUUUGUUUGCUUUUGUAGGAGCAUUUUUAUGUUUGCUAACAAACUGAACAGCUUGGGUUUUCUUCACUGGCCUGUAAGUCCACGUUAUGCCUGAAAUUUCUUCUCAUUCUAAACAUUGCUUUCACAGAUGAACAAGCCAAGGCACAGCUCCAGGCAGGUUGAGACAAGUUCAGAUAAAGCAAUCCUGACAAGCUUUAGGCCUUGCAAGGUCAGCAUAACGCUUGUGGCUUGUUACUGACAGAGACAAUACUCUAUAAACUGGGCUGUGAGGCUACCUUAGACCAGAAGGCACUUCCCUCUCUACAGCCAUUGCAGAUAAAUGCUCCACUGCAUGCAGUGGUCACCUGAGCUGAUAUUAUUGUUGAUCUUAAUAACCCAGUGAGACCCAGCAUCAAGCAGAAAGGUAAACAAAUGUAAGGCUCAGCCUGACUGGGCUACUGAAUGCUCAUUUCUUGCAGUGUCAGACCCAGAGAGGUUGGGCAAUCAAAAAUCAAUAGGCACCAGUAGUUUGGAUUCCAUGCUGACAAACUGCAGACUUUAGAAUAAUUCCCUUAAAACUGCAGUCUUUUACUUCAUUCAACUUUGAGCCUAAUCCACAGAAACAGAACUUGAUAGUGUAAAAUGGUACUUUAUGGUUGAUGUCCUGCAUUUUUACGUAAGGUAAGCCUUCAUAACAGGCUUUAAAUAAAUUAGUGUUUGCAUUUGUUCAGCCAAAGCAGUUAAGAGCUUGGUGUUAAAGGAACUCCAUAAUUCCAUCUUCCUGCUCCUCCUUUGUCUCUACAGCACUAAAACCUCUGUGAAACUGCAGCACUUCAUCCUCCCUGAUUCUAGACGUCAGCAUUUCUCUUUUUUUGCACUAACUGGAUUGCUGUGCUUAGCAAGCUAUUACCUCAUCAGUCUGACAGACUUCAAACAUUACUGGGAAUUAAAAUUGGACUGUAGUUUAGAAACACUGUUAAUCUGAGAGUCAUUAUCACAUUACCUAUGUUAAAUAGUGCAAGCCAAAGUGGCACAUUGUACCAAUUAAUAGCUCCAAAUAUCUCCAGGCAAGAAAUACAUACAUAGUGACUAACAAGAAAAAUACCUUUAUACAACACAGCAAAGUUCAACAUCAUUAAACCCCCACACUUGAGAAUACUACCUCCACUUUACAGAUAUGCCUUUAAAAGUAGGUGGGAUUUUUUUGUGUGUGUGUUUCUUUUUUUCCUUCUGGGAUACUUCAAGAAACUAAAACCUUUGCAUAGUUUUUAUACAUUUUGCAUAUCCUGGCCAAGAGUAUCAAAGUUGCUGCUUCGUGUAAAUAACAUUUAACAAAUUCUUCUGUUUAAUCUUCAUCAAAGACACCCAGAAAGAGAUUUUUUAGACUGCUUAAGAAAUUUAAAUUAAGACAUACAGGUUAUUUUCCACAGCAGUUAAUAUGGACCUGUAAGGCUGUUGUCCUCACAAGUCUCCGACAAAAGUUCCACGUUUCUGACUCCAAGUUAUGGCAAAUUGAGUGUGCAGACUAUUGAGUGAAAAAGCAAGGAGAUGUCCAGGUGAAGUAAUAAACUGCAAUGUUUUCAAUUAAAUAUACAAUAAACUUUCAUCAACGAAUCCCUGAUUUUGCAGACUUGCCACAUAUUUGCUGUAGCUCUGGCCACAUUGCUAAGCUGUGAAAUCACACAACGUGUACAUCUCUGUGUCCUGGAGUGCAAAUCAAUAGUUGAACUAUUCUUCAUGCUAUGAAACCCUUAAGUUACCACAGAAAUACAGGCCUGGAAGAGGCAGAUCAUCAGCACUAUAGUGAGUUCAGCACUGCCGCGAUAGCAUCAGUGGCAGAUGGUGGUCUAACCUGUUCUUGAACAUGUCUAAUGAAAGCCAUUCUGUAAUCUGCUGAGAUCAAAAAGGAUUGUUAUGAAAGUCUGUUCUUAUUUAACCCUAGACCUCCAGCAUUGCACAAACCAAAGUACUUCCCUAACCACAGAGCUGAUUUGUGAGGUUUUACUAGAACUUUCAGGAAGAUACCUAAACUGAUGUGCAGUUAAUACACCACGUUAUAACCACAGCCAUAGGUAAGCAGAAAAAUAUCUUAGAUAUCUCACUGUUACAAGUAAUUUGCACUGUAUAUGAGGCUUCAGAAAACUGCCACUCAGCAUGUGGGAUCUGGUACCACCAGGAAAGCUGGCCAAACUGGUCUGGGGUGGCCAUGACAGUGGAAAAGUGUAAGUGUCCUGGUCAAUCUAGCACAUGGGAGUUAACUUAAUGUUUAAGCAACAAAAAUAACUGCACUGCGUCAAAAAUGCUGUUUUUAAAAAAAAUGUUGGAAUAAAAAUGGACAGUUGCAGCCUUUUCAGAUCCACUGACUUUGUUCCCUAGGUAGCUGCCCUCCUUUCUUUCAGGACUGCUUUGAUAAGAUGAAACUAUUUUCAGAAACCACUGGUCUAGCAGAACUGUUUGAAAACAGUGAGCAAGUGAGGUAAGGCAGAAUGGUUGGAGGUGGGCAGACAGUGGAGUGAAUUGCCAAAAGGUGGCAGGGAGGGGAUUCAGUGGACUUCCUUGUCUGUCCUGCCUGCCUGCCUCACGUGCCCUGCCCUACCUGCCUUGCCUGUCUGCUGUGCUUGGCUCUGCCUGUCUUACCUCUUCUUAACUGCCCUGUCUGCUUGUAUCCUACUGCAAGUUGAGACAGAAUUAACUUGCUCCUCCAAAAUACUCACUUCUGUAAAAUCAGUGUUCUCCUCCCACUAGCAUAAAACUUUUCCAGUGACAACUUGUGAUCAGUUCCAACAAUAACCCUCACAAAUCUUGUGAUCUUAUGUUUACAGAGAGCUUUACUGAGUUUGCAUUUUCAGAACAGCACUGCCAUUCGAACGUCCGUCCAGUCCUUCUUUGAAAUGCUCAUUCCCUCGAGUAAAACUGCCUUCGCAGCCACUUCUUAGAAGGCAUCUAAGGCAUGCAGAAAUGAUCUUGUAAUUCUAAUUUGAUAAUAAUAAUUGACAGAUUUAAUCACACUGGCAAAUUUGUUAUAUGUAAUUUUAAGCCCAGCUGAUUUGGACUUUCUCCCUUCCUCUCCCCCUUGCUUUUCUCCUACCCUUUUCCUGAUUUUAAUUUUCUUUCAACAGUGUUCUGAAUAACAAAAAACAUGCAAGAAUAAAGAUGAGGACAAGUCCCUGCAGGCUUGCUCACUUAUCAAAUAUCCAAGGGAUUUAGCUUAUGAAAGGGGAUCAGUCACCAGCAAGAGGGGAGGUAUAGCUUGCUCUCACUGUCAGGCAUUCAUCAUUGAACGAAUAGCAGAUUCUGUAGCACAGCACAUCGAAAACAGAAAGGAGCUGAGCCCAGUACCACACAGAUUAAACAGUGCCAUUUACACAACGAUUUUUCAACAUAAAAUAUAAACCUUACAUGUAGAAGUAGAGGAUACAAUGAAGGGAAUUGUCCACUAACACUGUACGGAUGGGACGCUUGGGCAAAGAGCUGCACUUGUUCUAAAAAAGUACUGGAUAGGUUUGUGUUAAUCUUCUCUGCCUGAAAGUCCAAGCAUAGUAAAUGGUUAUGGAGGGCCUUGCUGGUGUUCUGCCCUGGGCUGCUGCACAGCUCUAAAUGCAUGCACGUAUUUCCUUCCUCAACCUAGGCAGGUGUUGGUGGUUCAUUCCCCACCUCACUGUUCAAGCAAACCUCUUCCCAUUGGUGGGGCCUUGCAUUUUAGUCAGAGCAUCUGAAUGAUGCCCUAAAGUCUGUUCUUUCACUGAACACAUAACACUGUGUGAUGUGUUUCCUGUUAACUGCAGCAAGGGAAGACCUUGAUCUUGUGAUGGAUGCUGGGUGCUGCAUGUGUCAUUUUGUGCCUAAAAAUGUCUCUGUUCUUUUGGAGUCUUCUAAUUCUUUACUGUCUUUAUGUUGUGGUGAUGUUAAAAUACUAUUAUACUGCAGCAGGCCUUUACUGAUAUCUUAAAUGUGGGCUGUUAAGAGAAAAAUUGCAAAAAACAAAAACAACAACAACAAAAAACCAAUGAAAAACUCCCCACCAUUUUUAAUAAAGUAAGGCUACAGUGCCCACAUACUGUACUGAUGAUUAUUUUGGCACAUCCUGGCCUCCAUGGCCCUAUCCCAUGAGCCUUGCUGUGACCUGUGUCUAACUCAUAGCCAGCCCACAGAUCCCCAGCUCCUUCAUUCCAGUGCACUGGCUGCAGGGCAGUGCCAGCAGGUGCACCUAAUUAAAGGGCAUUCUGUGGUUGAAGAUGUGCACCUGCUUUCUCCAGCUAUUCACAAGUUUAAUGUGAUGAGCAAAAGACGCCUGUGGCAGCAAGAUGUGCUUAACAUUCCAUAGCCACAAUGUGAUGUACUUUGUGUGGAAGGUGGCAGUAAGAUGAACUUGGUAGUACUAGUUUAUUCAUGCUGAAGUUAGAUUUUAAAGCUAAUUGUCUGAGACAACCCUGGGUUACAGUAAAAACCUCCAUUUGCAGGCCUCACGCAGAGAUGUUUCCCAGCCUCCAAGCGUCAAAAUCCUCUGCUUUAGUCUAUGUUUUAAUGCUGUGCCCCCAAACCUUGCCUUUCAUGUCUGUUUCCUCUCAUGACAGGCAGGGGCAGAUGCGGGCUCUCAGUGCUUCCCAGAGGGCAGGCUGUGCCCAUGGGAGGCUUUGCAAGCAAAUUCCCCUUCACUCAUCUGGAAGCACACGCUGGUGGGUGAGGGAGGAAACGGGGAAGAUUUUGUAACCUACAGCUACUUUUUGUCUGGUCAGAAAUAACAGCAUUCUACUGCAGGAAGUGGGUAACAGUAUCACUGCUAUUUCUGCCCCGUAUCUGUUGUGUUGCAGUGUACAGGGCCGUCACCUUGAACGCAAAAGUUGGCCCUUCUCUAACCCAUGGCAACCAGCUCCCGACAUCUGCUAUGUGCACAGCUUUCUGCUACAGAACACGAGAGCUGUGAGAGAGCACAGAACCUGUUCAUUUCCAAAUUCCCGAUUUACUCACUGAGAAACAAUUCAGGAAUUAUUUCGGCCGCUUCACCUGUUACAAGAGCUGGCACACACACAGGUGAGCACCCCCACCCACCUCCUAUUUUUUUACCAGUCGGGGACGGAACCAACUAACGGCAGGCGCCGGGCUGUGCCGCGGGAGCUCCCCGUGGCGGGGUGACAGCGGUGCGCUGAGGGGUCGAGGGAGCGGUCCUCCAGCGGGAGCAGGCGGGACGUUCGUGGAUGUUAACGGUUUAAUGAGCGCGGGGCUGUGCAGCCUGUGAGAACACCAAAUGAGUGCUGCUGGCACGCUCUACUGCUUCGAAGAUGCCAAUUAUUUUGUGACGGCUGCGAUUCCGCAAAGAAAACGAGCUGACGUACUUGGCUGUAACCUGUAACUCGGCGAUCGUUAAUGUCUCUUUCCAAACCACGCCAUUCUACGACGAUUAAAAAGGUAGUUUUCUAAGAACCGCCGUCAGCUCCCACCAGCGGGGCCCUCGGGGACCGCCCCGGUCAGCGGACAGCGAGCCGAGCCCGACGGUUCGGUUCGGGCCGCGCGCCGCCCCGCUCCGAGCCCGAGCCCGGCAGCCCCGCCGCGGGGUAGCGGCCC